UUCACCUGCGUGACUUCUUGGAAUACACCAAGAACUAAAAUGAACUGGGUUCAAUCGAAGUAAACUCAUUUUACUGUUCUGGAAAUACAAACACGUCAGCGUCAAACACAACUCUUUAUUUCUGAGUUGCACGUGUGGUACACACCCAAGGAAAGAUUGCUCGGGUUUUACAGAUACCAAGACGUCAAGUACUGUUUUGAUUAUGGCGGAAGGCAGUGGUGAAGAAGAAAACCCUUAUUCGUUUCAUAGUUACUCACGAAAAAAUGAACGUAAAUCUACCGAGGGCAAUGAUGUCAAGGAGGAAAAUAGUGUAAAACCAGACUUAGGCCUUGGCAAUGCGCAGACUUGUGAGAAAAAAGUGGUUAUGGAGAAUCUUGGUUCAGGAAGUGACAUGCCAAGGAGAGAGGAAAAUCCGUUUUCAUUCAAACACUUCCUCAAGCGAGAUGCAGGGAACAAUUACCAUAGUACUGGUGCAAGACCAAAAGUUUAUUCUAAUCUAGCCAAUGAAGGUUUUGGACAUUUGGCACCAGAAUCAUCUGAUUCAGAUCCUGGACUGUAUAGCAGAAGCACAACACCUUGUCAUGCUGGAACUCCAGAAUUGACCUCAGUGCUUCCAGAUUUUGUUCAGGAUCAUCUGGUAGUGGAACAAUGUUAUCUGAACCUUUCUGAGAGUUCAAAAACUCCUCAAAUUGCAGUGGAUCUUGAAAAUUUACUGGACUUUACUAUAGACAGCACCACACCAGCACGUGAAACAACGGAUGGUAGCAGCAUUGGAAUUAAUAGAAACCGAUCUCGUCAGUGGAAUGAACCAAAGAGGACUCAUUCAGAUGUGUUGCAAAGUGACAUUCCAUUUGAUUUGACAGGCACCACAGGUAAUCAGAGCUUACCAAAAAGUGUUAGAAAUUACUCAGAACCUGUUCCUCUAGAUUUACCGAGUUUUGAUGGAAGCCCUGUUGAAAGUAAGGGAAGGUCAGUAAUACCUGGAGGUGGUUUUCCAUUUGAUCUCCCUCUUGUUAGUGAAGCUAAAGAUGGGACUGCAUGCACAUCAUUAUCUGGAGUAAGGAGUGGUAUACAGAUUGGUGAAGUGGGGGUAUCUAAGAGUCUACCUGACUUUCUUUCUGAUGGACCAAUUCACAGUGACCGCCAUAAUGGUGUAGAUCAACCUACUGACUGUACAGAUGCAAGUACUAGCAACAGCAUAUCAAGAUCACAGUCCCCAGACCCACAGAGGUUGCAGUUGGAAAAUGGAAGGUUAAGAAGAAAUUUAGAAGUUUUAAGGCAGCAACUGGGAGAUCAAACAAGAAGAGUCCAGUACCUGGAGCAGGAACUGUUGACCAUUCGCUCUAAGGAACGUGAGGAAACAGCAGUACUUGAGAAGGCAAUUGAACAGGUGGCUGACAACUUGAAGAGAGCAACUAGAAGAGCUGUAACUGCAGAAAAUUCUGUCUCCAAGUUGAAACAAGAACUGAAGCUUCUUAUGAGUGAAUUGACACUUCUGCGGCAAGAGAAUCGAGAAUUACGGUGUGGUCAGGCUGGUGCUAGUGCUUCGAUAGAGCCAGAUAAUGAAUCACAGUCACAGCGACUUGCUCAGGAAUUGAGAGUGGCAGCGAACACUGCAGAACAGUCACUUAGGCAACUCUUGACUGGUGUUGGCAACCUGCGUGUUAUUGCAUCAACACUGGAGAAUUUGCAUCGGAUUCAGGACCGGACAGGUGAUUUUGUAGCAGAGUUCGAUGAUGAUGACAGCGGACCAGCACUGUGAAAGAAGUACUUUUCUAAACACUGCUCUUGAGUCUCAUCUGGUUGUGCAGUAUGGUAUUGUUCAAGGUAGGUCAUUUGUAUAUAAAGAUCAUAUUUUGGUGAUGUCCUUUUUUUAAUGCCCAUUUGAGUUCUUAUAAUAAAUGGAAAGAUGAGUGGAAUAACAUUCUUACAUUAUUGCAGCUGCUGGGGUAAUAAUACAUCUCGCAGCAUUUCCAUUUCCAAAGUGUUCAACAGCUUUCUUCAGGAUUUCCAAGAUCAAAUUUUUCAAUAUAAGUGUUAUUUUGGCAUCUGAUUUUUUUUUUGUCUGCAAGCAAAAAGUUUGCUUUUGUGGGUACUGCAUGUUGUCUUAUUGUCUACAGAAGAUCCAUUAAUUUAGUAUUUUUUGUAAUGUAAAUAUUUGUUAGUAAGUCAGGCAAUUUGUGCUAGUUUUAAAUGGUUCUUAACCAAUAUGAUAGCUAUACAGCCACCCUUAUUACUAGAUUUUUGCUAUUGGUAUACAUUAGCUGUUUAUGUUUCUUACUGUCUGCCAUUCUGACAUUAAACAUACAUUUCUUGAUUUCUGAAAAUAAAGUAAGGUUCAGGCCCAGUAGCCCAUAAUGAUUCACCUCUCCUGCAAGUUUUUUUGUUUGACGUUUUAGCUAUUGAGGGAAAAUUAGGAACUUUGUCUGUAGAUCUUCAAAGGAAAUAGCUGAGUUGUAUUAUCAUCCCACAUGCUAAUUUUGUACCGAGUUACUGCUGCUAUUUUCAGUCAUAUUGUAAAAUUGUUCUAAUAUGUAAUGGUAGUACUGGUAUUGUGUUUUAUCUCUUAUUUAAUGAAUGACAAAAAGAAGUUUGAAAAUGUUAUAUUCUGUAACAGUAUAAUUAUAUUUAUUAUUAUUUAAGUGUGCAUACAACUAGUUUUAAAGUUGUUGUAAUUUAUGCUGUAUUUUGUUAUGAAAGCUCAGAAACCCCUUCAUUCAAACAACAUUUUAAAUAAUGUUUGUAGUUGAUAUAUUCUUAAGGGCUUUUCAUACCAUAGUAAAUAAAUUAUCAUUGAAUUUGAAAUGUGAUUCAACAGGAAAUAAAUUUAAAGUCAUAUGAUUGUAUUUUCUCAGUA